GAGAUUUUUGAUCGUGCUUAUGCCUUGUUUGGACCGGGUCCGGUUCUUGAAGCUCCGAAGAGGAAGCCAUCCAAAGGGAAUAUGCCAUUGCAAUAUAUCUAGGGUUUUGGUACCUUCACAUUUGACUACUACUACAUAUAUAUACCACUCAUACUUACACUCUGCUUUCCUCUCUUUCGGGCUUCGCUUCGUUUCUGCUCAGAUUUCCCAGCAGCUCUUUUUAUCUUCUUCCAAUUCCCAAAAUGGCCAUCACUUUCUCAGAUCUCCACACUGAGUCUGGCCUUAAAUCCCUUAAUGACUUCCUCUCUGGCAAAUCUUACAUCUCUGGGGAUAAGCUGACCAAGGAUGACAUAAAAGUCUAUGCUGCUGUUUUGAAGAAUCCUGGUGAUUCUUUUCCCAAUGUUCGCCAGUGGUAUAACUGUGUAUCUUCGCAUCUUGCCGCCAGCUUCCCUGGAAAAGCUGUUGGCGUAGGACUUGGUGGCAAAGCUACUGCAGAUGAAUCUGCUAAAGCCGAGGCUCCCACCGCAGAUGAUGACGAUGACUUGGAUCUGUUUGGUGAUGAGACAGAAGAGGAAAAGAAGGCAGCAGAGGAGAGGGAAGCUGCUAAGAAGCCUGCUAAGAAGAAAGAGAGUGGAAAGUCUUCUGUGCUUAUGGAUAUCAAACCAUGGGAUGACGAGACUGACAUGAAGAAGUUGGAAGAAGCUGUUCGAGCUGUUGCGAUGCCUGGUCUUUUGUGGGGAGCAUCUAAACAGGUUCCUGUUGGUUACGGCAUUAAGAAGCUCCAGAUCAUGCUUACUAUAGUGGACGAUCUUGUAUCUGUUGAUGCCCUUAUUGAGGAGCACCUCACAGUGGAGCCCUGCAGCGAACAUGUUCAAAGUUGUGACAUAGUUGCAUUCAACAAAAUUUAGACAACCUUUUUAUUCAACAUCUGCUCGGGUUAGCCAAUUUUGGCCAUGUUGUCAACCUUUUGUCCUUUGCUUUGCCCCCUAUAUUACGUUUGGCCUGUGCUUGCUGCUGCUUCUGCUUUAUAUGGAGGAGAGAUGAAAAGGUUAAGGAGUUUGAGAUGUUUUGCAAAAGUGGAUUUCUAGUAUAAUGUUCAAUGUUUUAAUUUAGUUUAAGUUUGUCUACGAACAGAUAAUUGCAUAGGCUAUUUAACUAUAGAUGGGAUUGGAAGUCAUCGAUGGCCGUUUGGAUCUUCA